CUUAUUACGACGACGAAACACCCUCGUUUUAUUCGAAGAAGAGCGCCACAUCGCCAAGAACAAUACGAGAGUAUAGACCAGAGCGCAAGAAGAAACUUUUGAAAAAAGAAUAACAGUAAGAUGAAUACUCGGGAUCACUCAACCUCGUCAUCGAUGCCAUCCGCCUCGGGAACCGGACAAGAUCUAGAAGAUGAAAAUCUUCUUGAUAUUUCAGAGCAAGUCAAUCGGCCAGAAAAUACUCCCAUCCAACAGCAAACCAUAAAUGCAUGGCAUCCUAUUUUGGAUCCAACGUGGGUGAUAGUUUCCUACUUCAUUUUGGCGGCAAUCACGAUUCCCUUCGGUACGCAUUAUUUACUUAACGUGCUAUUGAACUUUUGAGUUCGGCAUCGUGCAAUGUAGAUUGGCGCAAUGUCUAGAAGCAGGGACACUUGGUUUGCACCUUGCUUAAUUGCUACGAGGUUCAAUCACACUCGUUUUUCAAUAUUCUAUCAAAGAUCGAACAAUUUGCAUUACGAUUGCAAAAAAAUGUGUUUGAACGGACAACUUACACCACCUUUCAAAUGCUUCCUUUCCAACUCGUUAACUUCAUCACUUUGAAACGAUCGGCCUAAAACAAACGUUGGCGCCCGCAGGAUAUUAUUUGCAGGGGGAAUCGGCUAAAAUCGUUGAACUCAGGCAGGUUUACGAUGCAGGAAGCACGGCGACGGCAGCAUGCCCAAGCAUUGGGGAAAACUACAAUGCUAACGAGAAUUGCACGCUCACGUUUGAAGUUCCAAAGGAUAUGAAACCUCCUGUGUUGGUCUACUACGAAUUGACCAAUUUUCAUCAGAAUUAUCGCAAGUAUACUACUUCAAGAGACGACUACCAACUUACGGGGAAGGUUGGUGGCCAGAGCGCUGUCGACGCAGCAAAUUGUGACCCGAUCAACGUUUUGGGAGACACUAGAAUCAAUCCAUGCGGACUGAUUGCCAACACCUUUUUCAACGACAAAUUCACCCUUCGUGACACUGAGGGCGCUGUUGACGCGAAAGGAAACAAACUCGUGAUGAGAGAAGACGGCAUUGCCUGGGAAUCGGAUCUCAAAUAUCGUUUCGCUAUGCCCGAUGGCUACCAGCAAAAGCAAUGUGGAGAGGGAAAAUGCGAUUCAUCCUGCUGCGAAGACUUUGGAUUUUCGUGCAAAGAACCAGCGAUUAGCCCCAAGGACGGUUUGUGUUAUGCCUAUGAUUAUCCAAACCAAAACACCACUCAGUAUUUGUAUCAAACAUACCCUUCCGUGAUUAGCCCGUUGGAACACGUACUCAACGAGCAUUUUGUGGUUUGGAUGCGUGUAGCAGCGACGCCAAAUUUUAAAAAACUAUACGGUUACUUUGAAGAAACGAUACCCGCCGGCACAAAACUGGAAUUCGAUGUCAACAUGAACUACGUUGUCGAAUCGUUCAAAGGCACCAAAGCCCUGACAAUGACAACCAACUCAAUGUGGGGUACGAAGGAUCCAACAAUUGGUAUCACGAUAUACUCCAUUGGCUAUUUCUGCCUUGCUUGCGGACUGUUCUUUGGACUGAAGCACUUGUUCAAACCAAGGAAGAUCGCUGACCGCAAAUACUUGCACUACAAGGAAGAAUAGAUCAGUAAGGGUACAGUGAUACUACUAUUCCAACAGAUGUGGACAUUCCCUUUAAAUCGCGUGGUACCGCAUAGACGAACUUACAGGAAACUUGAAGAAUGAGGGUUACGAUGCCUUGCUUUUGAAUAAUAUCAUUGUGGUCAC